AUGGGGUAUCCCACCUGUCUGUCCGCAGUGCUACACAGCCCCCACCUGGCUAGUUCACUGUCCUCAGUAACCACAGUCAUAACGAAGCCCCUUAAUUGUUGGGGGUGACCUGCACUGGCACUGAGGCCCCUCUGGUAACUCCUGAGUGGAUGCCUCACCCCACCAUCUCCCUGGUAUUCCCAAUGACACUGCCAGAGAUGUGAGGGCCAUCAAAUGUAGCAUCGCCACAGUCAAUGGUGACUCUGAGAUGGUGGGGCGAGGCACCUGGUGCCAUUCAGUUCACAGUCCAGGUGCACGCUGCGUGUCCCCCCAGGCGGCCGACCCCCAGCUAUGACAGGUUAAACGAUGGGCAUCACUCAGCUGCUCGACUGUUUCCUAGUCGUGUCGUAGCGGCUAACCGCAGGCUCUCCCGUUGACGUUAUGGAUAAUUCGUUGUUUUCCGUUUCAGUGUUGUAAUAGUAAAAUACAGUGUGACAUUGUGAAAUUCUGUCACGGCGGGAAAAAGCCCUACCGGCGCAGUUUAAAGUGGCGCACAGAGAGUUCGUAAGGCGUGGCGUUGUUUCAUCACUGGUAGAUGGAGUCACCUGCUUUAGUUCUGAAAGUGAAAAUGAAUGUCCAAACAAACAGGUAGGCUAAGGAAGUAAUAACUACAACUAGCAAACAACAAUAACAUUAAAGGGUCAAAACACUGAAGUGAUGUCGCGCAGUGUUUCAAGGGUCAUAAAAAGCAUGAGCGCAUUAGUCAGUGAGGAACAAAAGGAAGUGACUUUAAAUGACAUUUUACUAAAUGGAUGCCUCUGUUCAUUUAUGACGGGGUGAAAAGCGAAAUGUGGACUUCUCCUUAUGGGGCGAUGUUGGGAAAUUUGUGCCUGAAAUAACAGUGCCACAUAAAAGUCGCUCCGAGUUGCACCAUCCUCAUUAACACUGGACAUUAAUGACAAGAUGAAGUUACUUUAUUUCAGCAUCAUCUCUGUAUUUCUACAAGUCAGUUGCCAAAAUCCUAGGAGCCACUGGACUCUGCCUCCCAAUAUUCUGGUUGUGGAGGUGGAUGGCUCUGUGGGCCAGCAGACCCUGAGCUGCUUGGGGUCACCAGAGGAGGUGACGAGGAGAGCCAACAAGAGUCAGGAUAUUAUUUGGAAGAAGAACGGAGUGGAGGAACCACAGAGAGGGAACUCAUACCUGGUGCACCUGGAGGAAAGCUUAGGAGGGGGUGAAUACACAUGCCACAGCAAGGAUGGAUCACUGCUUGAUCGCACUGUGGUCCUGAUCCAAGAGGGUGAAACCAUGAAGAGGAAGAUUCUGGUGAAAAAUGACCAAGAAGAAUAUUUAAAGUGCUCUGCUCAGAAUUACAACGGAGAGUUCCACUGCUCUUGGACCUGGCACAGCAGCCGCAUUGGGAAAGUAGCAUUUAUCAAAGCUCAACGUGUUUCUGACGACAGUGACAUCCAGUGUUCCGUGGACACUAGUGGUCUACGUUGGACAUGCUCCUCGGGUCAGAGUAACUUCAGAUGUUCAGUGAACAAGAGCGGAUACAGUAUCUCCUGCCUGGAUGAGCAGUACUGCCCCUAUGCUGAGGAGAGCCGGAAGAUCGAGAUCAUUGUCUAUGUGAGGACUGAGCACUUCCUGAUAGAGAGCUACACCAAACAGUUUUUCCUGUCAGAGAUUGUGAAACCUGACAAGGUGACAAUCAGUAAAGUCAACACAACAAUGAUAAAGUGGAGUUACCCAAGCUCCUGGAGUAGUCCCUACUCCUACUUCCCCCUCACUUUCCAGAUUGCACAGCUCAAGCGGAGGUGCAAAAAGUGUGGCAACCUAUGCCCUGACUCAAAAGCAACAAAGAUCCUCACAGUCCACUCUACAGAUAUUUGUCAGUUUGAAGUCAAGCAUAAGGCCAAGGUCGUGUGUAUCCGAGCUAAGGAUGCUCUUUGUGACUCACAGUGGAGCGAGUGGAGCCAGUUCAGACUGAGGAGACGCAAGAACAACAAGAACAGACAUCAGUAAAAACAUUACCAUAACAGAAAAUAAGAGCAUCCCAACACUGGACAAGAAAACUUGUGUUUAAUUAUAUACAAUUCUAAAUAUUUUUAUUUAUUUUAGCUUAUUUCAUGGUGUUUGUAAUAUGCAGCUUUUCUUAAUGAUUCAUGAAAUAAAACUUUC